AUGUACACACAGUCAUUCAUUCAAUAUAUUAUAACUUCUAUUUUAAUAGCUUCAUUCGCUUCUGCUUUCCCUGUCUUAGAUAAAAGACUUAUCUUAACAAGGGUUCACACUGCUUCCACUACCAACACUGUUACUGAUUUCUAUUCUACAACUACUGAAGUUGUCGUCGCUCCAACUGUCAAAUAUAUAAUCAGCGGUGACUCUACUUCUACAACUACUUUAUUUCCAUCCAAUGCUGCCUCAACUGCUGCUCCCGUUACCAUCACUACAUUUAUUCAAAAAGACGUCAAUGCUGAAACUACUUCUUCUGCCACUUCUGCUGCUCAAAGUACCGUCUCUGCUUUAAAUCAAGAUAAUUUUGCUGCCCAAUCUUCUUCGAAAGCUACCACUACUUUAUCUCCAGCUUCUACUGCCAUUACUCAAGCAGAAGAAACUACUUCCACAUCCAUUGCUGUUGCCGCCACUUCAUCUUCCUCAAGUUCUUCAUCCUCUAGUUUGGUUGGUGCUCCACAAGCUAUUGUAUACUCUCCAUACAACGAUGAUGGUAGUUGUAAGGAUGCUGACACUGUUAAAACUGAUUUGAAUUUCAUUGCUUCUAAAGGUAUUUUCCAAAUCCGUGUUUAUGCUACCGAUUGCAAUUCUUUAGAAACUGUUGAGCCAGUCUGUAAAGAUUUAGGUAUUAAGAUUAACCAAGGCUUAUGGAUAUCAAGUGCUGGUGUUGAUUCUAUUGAUGAUAGCUUAAGUUCUUUAAUUGCGUAUGGUCAAUCAAAUAAUUGGGACGUUAUUGAAUACAUCACUAUUGGUAACGAAGCUGUUAAUUCCGGUUACUGUUCAGUCUCUGAUUUAAUUGCUAAAAUUGCAUCUGUCAAAUCUCAGUUACAAGCUGCUGGUUACUCUGGUCAAGUUACCACUUCUGAACCACCGGUCACUUUCAUUAAUAGCCCUGAGUUAUGUACUUCAUCUGACAUCGAUUUUGUCGGUAUUAACCCUCACUCCUACUUUGAUGCUAAUUCUAAUGCUGCUUCUGCUGGUUCCUUUGUCAAAGGUCAAUAUGAUUUAACUGUCGCUGCUUGUGGUUCUAAAAAUGUUGUCAUUACUGAAACCGGUUUCCCAUCUGCUGGUAAUCAAAAUGGUGGUAACAUUCCAAGCAAAGCUAAUCAACUUAUUGCUGUUCAAUCCAUUUUAGAUGAGAUGAACAAACAAGUCACCAUUCUAUCUACUUACAACGACUUCUGGAAGGACCCAGGUUCUUACGGUAUUGAACAAUACUUUGGUAUUAGUGAUCUUUUAGUCGAUGCUUAA